AUGGAACCUUUACCUGAUCCAAAAAAUGACAGGCAAAUAAAAGAUGUCAUCCCUCCCCCAUCAAAGCCGCUAAGCACGGAACUUCUCUACCCAAACGGGACAGAGGAACCACCAAAUUACAAAAUAUUGAUGGAGCAUUUAAGAAAAGAAGGGAGAGUAAAAAAAGAAGAUUGUAUAGAUAUAAUAAAAAAAGUUAUAGAUAUAGUUAGUGAUGAACCAAAUUUAUUAAGACUACAAGAUCCAAUUACAAUUGUUGGAGAUAUUCAUGGACAAUAUUAUGAUUUAUUAAAAUUGUUAGAGGUCGGAGGAAAUCCCGAUAAUACACAAUUUUUAUUUUUAGGUGAUUAUGUUGAUAGAGGUUCAUUUAGUAUUGAAGUUUUACUACUAUUAUAUGCAUUAAAAAUAAAUUUUCCUGAUAAGAUAUGGUUAAUUAGAGGAAAUCAUGAAUGCAGACAAAUGACGACUUUUUUUAACUUUCGAGAUGAAUGUGAAUAUAAAUAUGAUAUAGUAGUUUAUUAUGCAUUUAUGGAAUCAUUUGACACUUUACCAUUAUCUGCAGUAAUUAAUGGGAAAUUUUUAGGAGUUCAUGGAGGAUUAUCACCUGAUCUUGUACUUUUAAAUCAAAUAUGUUCUUUCACCAGAUUUCAAGAACCUCCACGAUCUGGAAUAUUUUGUGAUAUAUUAUGGGCUGACCCAAUUGAUGAAGAUAAAGAAGAACAUACAAUACAACAAGAAUUAUAUUUCCCCAAUGAUAUAAGAGGUUGUAGUUAUUUCUUUGGAUAUAGUGCUGCAACAUCAUUUUUAGAGAAAAAUGGAUUACUAUCAAUUAUAAGAGCUCAUGAAGCACAAUUAGAAGGUUAUAAAAUGCAUCAAACAAAUUUAAAAACAGGAUUUCCAAUAGUUAUAACAAUAUUUUCUGCUCCAAAUUAUUGUGAUGUAUAUAAUAAUAAAGGAGCAGUAUUAAAAUUUGAUAGUAAUACUUUAAAUAUACAACAAUUUAGCUUCUCACCACAUCCAUAUCAUUUACCUAACUUUAUGAAUCUCUUUACAUGGUCUAUACCAUUUGUUAGUGAAAAAGUGACUGAAAUGAUUUAUUCGAUUUUAAAUUCGAGUAUCAAUAAUUCAAGUGAUGAUAUGAGUGAUAUUGUUUUACCUCCUGAAAUUUUGCAAAUAUUAAAUUAUAUAGAAGAUAAUAAUAAAAAGAUAAAUACAAAUGAACAAGAUAAAGAUAUGCAUGAAGGUAUACUAAAAGAUGAUUCCUUCAGUACUACUAAUGAUAAUAUGACAAACAUUAUUGAUCAAAGUGAUAUAGAUAAUCAAAGUUUUAAAACUUAUGAAGAAAUACAAGCUUCAAAAGAUAAAGCAGAUGCUUUGAGGAAAAAAGUACAAUCAAUAGGAAGAUUAAUGAGAGUUUUUAGAACUCUUAGAAAAGAAAAUGAAUUAAUUGUUCAGCUUAAAGGUUGUAGUCCUGGUUAUAAAAUUCCAGUUGGUUUAUUACUAAGCGGAAAAGAAGGAUUAGAAAAUGAGCUUGAAAAAUUUACAAAAGCAAAAGAAAUUGAUAGUAUAAAUGAAAAGAGACCAUCAAAUGAAUAA